AUGCGGAUGCCAUACCAGUGUAUGACAAGAUGUGGGGACAUUCUCGUUGCUGCUAGAGGAUCGAGCAUCGAUUUAUUCAAGCUGCAAGACGGAUCGCUUCUGUCGACAUGGAACUGCUCAAAUCAUGAUAACCAGAAUGGCAAAGUUUCUGAUGGCGGUGGUGCAGACCUUACCACCAUGUUGGUCACCACCCAGACUUCAGAGUCUUCCUCAGUCGAAAUUGCUCUCGAUGCCGCCUCUCCCCCAGCAAAGAAGCGCAAACUAUCCCAUUCCGAGCAAAGUCCAAAUCAGACCGAGCCCAAAAAUGGAAAGAAAAAACAGAAUAACAGAUCUGCUGCUGUUGCGAGCGGAUUGGAAGCUCCAGCUGUCACUGUACUGGCCUCGACGACAGAUCGCAAGCACGUGGUAGCAGUCACUGGCGAGGACAAAAGCAUUAGAGUAUUUGAGAUUGUUACCACAGAUGGAGUACAUAUUCUGAAGCAAUUAAGUCAACGUAACAUGCCGAAAAGGCCUUGUACAGUUGCUAUUACCAAGGACAACUCUACAAUAAUCAGCGCAGACAAGUUUGGAGACGUUUAUGCUCUUCCGCUGCUCCCUUCAAAAGAUCUUGCCAAACCAUCUCCGGUUUUUGAGCCAGCCUCAUCCAAGCCAUUUGUCCCAGCAGCCAAUGAACUCACAAUUCACUCACAAAGGAAUCGAAAGGCUCUUGAAAAUCAGAAAAGACACAGCAAUAAAGCAUCUGAGAAAUCUGAGCCUACUUUCGAGCAUAAGCUGUUACUUGGUCAUGUUUCAAUGCUUACUGAUGUUGCUUUGGUCACUUCCGAUGAGAAGGAUUAUAUCAUUACUGCUGAUAGAGACGAACACAUCCGAAUUUCUCGAGGAAUCCCGCAAAGUCAUAUCAUCGAAGGGUUCUGCCUUGGUCACACCGAUUUCAUUACUCGGUUAUGCAUCCCUAGGAACAGAUCCAACCUCCUCAUCUCGGCGGGUGGUGAUGACGAGCUAUUUGUUUGGAAAUGGCAGUCGAGUCAGUUAGUCUCGAGAGCUAAUCUCAAGAGGCACGCUGAAGCAUUGAAGACAAAGUCGACUGGUUCAGACACAGUUCAAGAGUCGACAGAACCUUUCAAGAUUGCUGUUUCUGGCUUAUACCACACGCAAAGAUAUGUUGAUGAUCAUUUUGUGGACUUCAUCAUCGUCACUUGCGAAGGUAUCGCGGCAUUGUUCUUGUUUGAUCUACAUGCCGAUGACAACAGUCUUCGAUAUAUUCAAACAUUCGAAUUGCCAGGUAACCCAUUAGCCGUCGUCGCCAAUAUGUCUCCAACCCAAUGUAGCUCGAACGAGGUGAUUGUGUCCGUUGACAUGGUUCAUCAGCCAGGGUCGACAGUAGAACGCAGGCUUGGUUCGGCAACUGAACAGUCUUUGCUAGCGAUCCAGCUUUGCGAUAGUGGUCUUGUCAGUGGUGGGGUGACGUUCAGGGAGCCUGUGGAGGAAGACAAGAGUCUCUCGAGCAGCGAUGAUACUACGGGUCGGCUGGGCAAUCUGCUCUAUAAUCUAGAAAAUCUCCGUAAGAGGGAUGGAGAGGGUCAGGAUGAGUAG